AUGUCGGUUUUAAAAAAGAAUGGCUCGGCGGAGGCGGGUGGGAAUCGGGGAGGGAUGGAAUGGCAUAUGAAUGUUAACGAAAAUGCUCUCCUAGGAGCAAAGGAGAGGAUGGGCGGUAAUUCAAAACCCAUCAUCACUUUUUGCCGCACGCAGAUAGCGAAUGGAAGUUUUAUUGAUCAUGGAGAGAAUGAGAUCACUUCGGAAGUUCAUAAAAAAGUCACAAAACGAAUUCCAGCUCUCAAUUUUCAGUCUGCUGAGUUGUUUUCUGCCCUAUCCUACAUCCCCGGAGGCCACUAUGCCGUACACUACGACUAUUUAUCAUAUCGAAGUGAUAAGGAACACGACUGGUGGAUGCAAAUGAUGAGAAAUCGAAUUGGAACACUGAUUUUUGUGAUAAAAACCGCUGAAAAAGGCGGGGGUACAGUAUUCCCGAGCAUUGGAACAACUAUUAAAAUUGACGAAGGAGACGCAUUCUUCUGGUUCAAUGCACAAGCUGAUGAGUCACAGGAAAUGCUAUCCGACCACGGCGGUUGCCCAAUCUACUCUGGUCGAAAAGUGAUUGCCACCCUCUGGAUUCGUGCCAAAGAUCAGCCAGUGAUCCCAAUGGCUGCCUCCGGAUCCCCAAUUGAUGCCUCCUGGAUGAUCCCUUCGUUUAGUAGUGCUUUUAGAAGCGAUCAGAAGAGUCAGACGCCCGUUGAGCACUAG